AUGGAUGACUAAUUUAUUGAAGAAAAACUCUCUUUGCUUCACAAAGUUGAAAAUAAUCAACAAUUAAUUUAUUAUAAUGCUUUGUUUUAAUCUUUGCAUCGCUUCCUCUAAGUAAUUUUAUAGAUCUAAUAAGAACUAUAAUAAAUAAAUAAAGAUCUUUUGAUUGAACAUUAAUCAUUAAUAGUAGAAGGAAUAGUUGAAAAAAGUUUUACUGUUAAAUCAAAGAUUGAAAUAGAUGUAGAGGCAUUUAAAAUUAUAAAUCAAGCCUUAGAUAAUAUGAUAUAAUCUGAAAAGUUAAAUAAAAUUUAUGUUAGGUUUCAUCGAUUGAUGAAUAUCCUUAAAUUUUAGAACAUUACCAACCUCUUCGAAUUAGAAAAAGUACUAAGUAUAGCUAUUAUUGAACUUACAAUGUAAUAAUAAAAGGACUUAGGAGGAAAUUAAUUCGUAGUUAGAUGA